AGUAGGAAAUAACAAUAAACACGCUACAUUGAAGAAAAAACUCCAUGACAAGUUACAUUGAGACAAUUUUAAAGAAAGAACUGAAUUGUUCUUCUGUUGAAUUUAUUCAAAGACCGUCCCAAGAUAGUAUUAAUAAUACUGGUGUAUAUAAUACGAGUUUCGGCCCAGUAUUUGUCAAAGAAAAUGACUUUAAACUGGGUCUGGAUAUGUUCCAAGUUGAAGAGGAAAGUUUAAAAUUGAUAAAGGAAACUGGAACCAUCAGAGUUCCAAAUGUUCUCAAAGUUAUAGAUAAGAAUGAAAGAGAUGGUGCAAUAAUUGUAUUAGAAUAUUUAAAUGAACUUAAGCCUAUUGAAGGAAAGACAAGUUGGAUGAAUUUUGCUAAAAGAGUGGCUAGAUUGCAUAAAGAUAACAUUAAUAAACUAGAAAUAAAAAAGAAAGCCGAAAGUUCCAUUCAUAAUAAAACAAUAAAAGCCAUUGAAAAGUUCGGCUUUCAUUUCCCCAUUGUUUUUGGACCAAUCUAUCAAAUUCAAGCUGAUACGUGGUAUUCAAGUUGGCCAGAUUUGUAUCUUAGAGAAAUUCUUAAUCCGAUGAUAAACGCUUUUGAACCGUUAUCGGGCCAAAGUGAAAAGAAUAAGAAACUAUACGAAAAUUGUCGAGAAAUGAUGAUUAACAUUGAUAAAGUAUUCAAGGGCUACGAUUAUAAACCGUCUUUAUGCGUCUCUGACUUAGCUAGUGAUAAUUGUGGUGAAAUCGACGGUGAACCUAUCAUCUAUGACCCAUAUUGCUCUUACAGUCAUCACGAAUUCGAUUUUACUCAGCCGUUAAUUACUAAUGAUUUCCCGCCAGAAUUUUAUCAGGCCUACGAUGCCGAAUUUGGUGCCAGACGGGGAUCAAAAGAUCGUUCUUUAGCUUAUAGAUUAUUCGGACACUUGAUAAGAGCGAAUCACGAUCUAGACAGAGAAGAAAACAUUGAAAAAGGUCUCGAGCUGACAGAAAAAUUAAUCGACCUCUCAAACAAGAGCUAAUCGUCUUCCUUCAUCUUGAUUUUAACAAUGAAACACAAGUGUCAAAGGUGAUUUAAACGACGCUACUUGAGUGACGCUUUUACGUUAUUCAAAACUUGACAUGCUCCGCCCCAUCCAUGAUAAAAGAGUUACAAGUGAUCAAUUCAUAAGAUAAUCGAUUUUUUAUUUUUUCUACCAAAUUUAAUUACCUAAUCAACAAUGAAUGAAUGUAAAUAGUGCUUAAUUAAUUACAAACUAUACACGCCACAAAUAUUCAGCCUAAAAGAUGAAUAAGCAUAUGGUAUAUGAACGAUAAUUAAUUAUCUUUAUAUAUUUUUAAAAACUAAGGCAUCUAUUAUAAAAGAUAUAUUUAAUAAUUAAUAAAUCAUAUUGAUAUAUACAGUACACUAUAUAUUUUAAAAAGUUAGAUAAAUCUAUUAUCAAAGGAAAAUUUAUAUGGCUGAUUAAUCACCUCAUACCUUUUUCAUCACUUUUUGACAAGUCAUCUGUUUUACUUGCCGACGUUUCGUCGACAUUAGAAUUGGUUGAUCUCUUUGUUGGUAAAUCCUCGUCAUUGUCAUAACUAUCUUCUUCUUUUGCUUCUCUCUCUAUCUUUUUUCUCUGUCUCCUUUUUCUCCUCUUUUCUUUCCUUAGUCUUUUUCGUUCCUUCUUUCUUUCGAUUUUUAAUCGUAAUUCUUCAUUCCUUCUCUUAUCUUGAAUCAUUUGUAAAGUCAUUACUUUCAUAACAUCAGUAUUUUUUUUAUCGCAAGUGUCGUCCAUCCUUGGGGUUUCUCUCUCCUCAGCAGUCCCGCAGAUACCACAACACGGCAUAAAAGCGAAUCCAGCAAUUCCCAAACAGUGAAAAAUAUUGCACCGACAACAGCAUCCCAAGAGUUGAGCAACUCCUCCUGUCCGAUUAUUUAUAUGUAUACAUAAAAAUGACCUUUGAAUAUUUUGGAAUUAUUAAAGAAUUCUAUAUAAGAAUUAUAUAGAUAUAUAUAUAGAUAUAUGUAGUGUAUACUUAAUAGAAGAGAA